AUCAAUUCUCUUAGAAAGCACAACCAAUCUGAAAAUAUGCGACAAUUAGCAGUUCUUUUGAAUUUAUUGGCGCUUGUGUAUUCAUGGGUUAACGAAUACGACCGGCCUUUCACUUUCACGUGUCCUCAACACCAAUCCGUUCAUCGAGUAGUUAGUCAUCAUGACAAUGGAAAAGAGGAUAGGGUGUUCGAUUUUCAGUGUUCCAGUUCCACGACCGACUCAGAGAGUUGCUUUUGGACAGAUUACGUCAAUGACUUCGAUCACCCUGUAGUAUUCCAGUGCCCACAUGGGGGCGUGCUUGACGGCGUCAGUAGUUACCAUAGCAAUCAUAACGAGGACAGGCGCUUUCGGUUCUACUGUUGUGAAAAACCUGGAAUGUGCCUCUACAACUGUUUCUACAGCGGCUGGGCCAAUAGUUAUGAUGGGGACUUGGAUUACACGGUACCAGCAGGUCACGUGAUGAGAGGAUGGACAAGUAUCCAUGACAACGGUCACGAGGACAGGGUUUUCGAUUUUGAUGUGUGUCUGAUGCAACAGUGUGUGGAUAUAGGAAAUCCCGGCGAAUCGGUCAUUGGAAGGAGACAAUUGAAUAACACCACAACUCCAUUUUUCAUCCACCUGUUCCUGGGAGUGGACUCCUGGGUCAAUGACUACGACAAACCUUUCACCUUUACCUGUCCCCAGCAUCAGUCCAUCCACAGGGUCGUCAGUCACCAUGAAAACAGGCCUGAGGAUCGAGUGUUUGACUUCCAAUGCAGUCCAUAUGCUGCGAACUCUGAGAGCUGUUUCUGGUCAGGGUAUGUAAACAAUUUUGAUAAACCAGUAGCCUUCCAAUGCCCUAAUGGUGGUAUUCUAGAUGGUGUUAGUAGUUUCCAUGACAACGGCGCUGAGGACAGACGUUUUCGUUUCUACUGUUGCGAAAAACCAGCGACAGGUAACAUGCAUCUAGUCACAGUAUUCUUCCUGUUGAGGAUUCUGGGAGUGUAUACAUGGGUCAAUGAAUACGAUCAACCCUUCACAUUCACGUGUCCUCAACACCAAUCCAUCAGCAGGGUAGUCAGUCACCAUGACAACAGACGGGAGGAUCGAGUGUUCGAUUUACAGUGUACUACGUAUACAGAGAAAACGGAGAAUUGUUCCUGGACAGAUUUCGUGAACAAUUUUGACCAACCUCUAGCUUUCCAGUGUCCAAACGGCGCUGUACUGGACGGCAUAGGUAGUUACCAUGACAACCAUCAAGAGGACAGGCGCUUCAAGUUUUACUGUUGUGAAAAACCAGGAAUGUGCCUCUACAACUGUUUCUACAGCGGCUGGGCCAAUAAGUACGACGGGGACUUGGAUUACACGGUACCAGCUGGUCACGUGAUGAGAGGGAUGGUCAGUGUUCAUGAUAACGGUCCGGAGGACCGAAUUUUUGAUUUUGAUGUUUGCCUGAUGCAGGAAUGCAUUGACGUGUGA